UUCAAUAUUUACAUUUCAGGGAAUAGCAACAGUCAGAAUAGAAAAUAUUGAUAAUGAUAAAAUAUUAUAAAAUGGCAAUUAUACUACAAUCGAUGAAAUUGUUUAUUCUCAAUCGAUGCGACUCCUACGGUCGCAGUUAGAACUGAGCAUUCUACUGCGACACGUGCGACACCAAAUCCCACUGAUGUGGGCUUCUAUGAGUCUGUAUUCUUUGAUCAGGAUAUGAAAUGUUAGAGUCCUCUAUGAAAUGUCGAGCGUCAGCGACACCUAAGUUUACCCCAUGACAGUUUUUAAAUUACAAUAUCAUUUUAGUGAAACGACAACAGAUGACGCAACAGCGGUUGCGAUUGCCGGCGGAAUUCCCCACUAGUUAUGGCGACUUUGUAUGUCUAUUAUCUAUGAUCUAUGAGUUAUGGCGUAUAUUGAGCAAUAGUGUGUAGUUUCGCAAGUUGUAAUAGUUUAACAUUUUGGUGGGAAGUGCUUUUACCUACCCUGAAAGUAAGUAAUGUAUUAAGUACUUCAAUCAUGCUUUACAAUAAGUAAUUGUUUUCUGAAAUAGUGCUGGUUAGAAACUGCUCAUCGAAUCAAAACUUGUUAAAACUCUUAAUAGGUGGUCAUUGUUUAUUAAUUUGCUGUUGAUAUUAUUGUAGCUAAUAAAAGAUAGAAAUACAAAGAAGGAUAUGCUGCGUCGAAAGAUGUGAGGAAAUUACCCCAAGGUAAUAAUGCAAUGAUGUUCAGUAUACAAGAGAGUACAUUUAUUUGUUGUAAUUCUUGUAGGUACAAUUUUCCCAAACAACCCCAUUUGCAAUGCGUAUGGGUGGAAAGGGUGUUUUCUGACCAACGCAGAAAAACAGUGUCGUACAGUACACCAUUAUGGGGUGUGUGGCCGGCAUUUCCACCCCAUAUGCAAAAGGGCAAAUGGGAAACUUAAGACGCCAGGCAGUGCCAAUUUUGUAUUUACCUUAUUAUGCAGUUCCCAUAGGAGUUGAAGAUCAAGAUGCCGGUUUCCAUUUUCCUGAAGUAUCAUUAAAGAAUGAAAAAGUACUGCAUCCAGUGAAAACAUAUGGGGGAAAAAGAAGAAUUGUUUCAACUGCAGAAAGUACAGUCACAAUGGACAAUACAGAAGCUAGUACUUCUGCAAGUUACUGAAAUGUUAGCACCCCCUAUAGAAGGAGGAAGCAGUACUAAAUUAGGGAUUGGGCAAGAUUGUAAGAGGGGAUCAACUGUUCUGGGCAAGAUUCGUAAACUUCGUAAGGUUUUGAGAACUAGUAACAGUAAUGCGACAGCUUUGGUGAAGAAGAACGGGCAUCUGCUAAAUUAUUUAGAGGGCGUGAAUGAUUCUACUCUUCACUUUUUGAAGUAUCAAUUAAGAAACUAGAAGCUGCAACCCCAGGGACGUCAGUUAACGACAAAGUGUUUGCAUUGUCACUUUACAAGCAGAGUGGGAAAGCGUACCGGUUUUCAUCCCAAUUUUUCAGUUUGCCAUCACGUAUAACGCUUGGUCAAAUAUUGCAGUCAAUUCCACUUUUCCCUGGAAUGAACGACCACAUAUUUGAGCAUUUGCGAACGACGGUGUCCAAACUGAAGAAUCCGGAUAAAUUCUGUGUACUCAUGUUUGACGAAAUUUCUUUGCAACCUGCACUUCAGUACUCCAAACAGCUGGACUUUGUUGAAGGUUUUGUAGAUUUGGGCGGAGGCUUUCGUAAGAAUCGCUUUGCUGACCAUGCUGUGGUAUUUAUGAUCAAAGGCAUUCGGAGUGGUUGGAAACAACCUGUUUUUUUUUUUGAUUUUGUGAAGGUACAACUGCUACUCAUUGGACUGAAAGUAGUUGCACCUAUAGGCGAUCAGGGAUCUACCAACCGAGCCGCUAUCAACACUCUCCUCAGUGAUACAAGGGCAGAGUGCCUUCGUUCCGGGGGGGGGGGGAGGUGUCGAUAUUUCGGUUAUGAACAGUUUUACUAUUUACAUUUCACGCAGCACGGCAAAGAGAAAGUAGCGAGCUGGUCACAUAUACUGCAAUUAUAUCGGAUAGAUCAGCAACAGGGUCUUUAUAGGCAGUGCUACAAGUUAACAGACGAGCACGUACUACCUCAUAAAAUUCGGAAAAUGAAGGUAAAAAUUGCAACGCAAGUGUUUAGCCACACCGUUGUUGGCGCCAUGCGUUCCAGGACAUGUUACAGCCCUUUCGUACCGAAAGAUUCCCUGUAUUUUUUUUUUUUUAUUAUUUUAGACCCUUCCGCAAAUGACACCGCCGAUCUCUUGCUGUUCUUCGACAUGCUUUUUGAUAGCUUCAAUGGCUCACAGGUGAAAUCCUCUAUCGGUAAACGACUACGGUGCAUGGUGAAACACAAUUCCGAUCACUUUCAGUUCUGACAGCCUGCUAUUGCUGUCCUGCAAACCAUGUCCUUCAAAGCCAACAAUAUCAAAACCAUCAUUCCUAGCCUGAAGAACUGGAUUUCAACUCGGAAGGUUUUCUGUAUUUGUGGGAAAGAUUAAAAGGGUCCUUUCAAUCAAGUUCUCCCAGGAAUUUUAAUCAAGAUCCCAU